GUACUCCGGGUGUUGGGAAAACCACACUCGGAAAAGAACUUGCAUCAAGAGCGGGAAUGACCUAUAUUAAUGUGGGUGACAUGGCAAAAGAAGGAGAACUGUACGAAGGUUUUGAUGAGGAAUAUGAUUGUCCGAUUUUGGAUGAAGACAGGGUAAUUGAUGAACUAGAAGAUAAAAUGAGUGAGGGUGGAGUUAUUGUCGAUUAUCAUGGCUGUGAUUUUUUCCCUGAACGAUGGUUUCAUAUAGUAUUUGUACUUCGUACGGAAAAUUCAUUUCUGUAUGACAGACUUGAAAGCAGGGGCUACAAAGGGAAAAAGCUGCAAGACAACAUUCAGUGUGAAAUUUUUCAGACGCUUUAUGAGGAAGCUAUGUUGUCAUAUAGAGAGGAAAUUGUACACCAGUUACCCAGCAACACCCCAGAAGACCUAGAGAGAAAUUUGGAUCAGAUUAUGCAAUGGAUUGAGCAAUGGAUGAAGGACAACAAUUGA